GAUCUAACAAUAGAAAAAGUUCCGAAGCAAGAGAUUGUGUUUCCAAAAAAUACAUCCAUAUCCCAAAACACCAAAUUUCAAUUACCAAAAGAAGCCCUUGACAGCCUUGGUAAUACUGUUGCGUUUACCGCUGUUAAAUAUGAUGAUUUCGGAUCUGAUUUUGAGUUUGAGCACACAGGAAAAAAGAACAUCAGUGUUGACUCGAGUGUUCUAUCACUUACAAUAGAGGAUCUGAAGGACACUUCAUUACAACCAAAUAAUAUCACCCUGACAUUUCAGCGAAAAAAUAGUAAUGAAAACAACUCAUUGUCAGAUUGUGUGUUUCUUAACUUGUCAACAAACAUGUGGAGCGACAAGGGAUGUAGCGUAAAUUUCACGAACAGUUCCCUUACUGUCUGUUCCUGCAGCCAUCUUACUAAUUUUGCAAUUCUGAUGAGUUUGUCGGAUGAUUUAUACGUGGUAUCUCGGAAAGAUUAUGAGAGAUUAAGAAUGAUUUCCAUCAUCGGUUGCAGUCUCUCUAUCCUUGGAGCCUUUGUAACGAUAAUCAUAUAUCUGUAUUUUUGGAGAUAUAUAAAAUCCCGUCGAUCAACGUUGGUUGUCCACCUGUGUAUUGCACUUUGUGUUGCAUAUCUCAUGUUCUUGACAGCAGUAGAACAUACGGAUAACAAGACCGGUUGUGUUGUCAUUGCUGCCUUAUUACAUUACUUCUUCCUGGCUAUGUUCUGUAUCAUGUUGUGUCUCGGUAUUGACCUAGCAGUAGCCAUUCUCGAUGUGUUCAAUUCGAGGUCAAGUUCUGCAGUCUUUUACCUUGUUGGAUGGGGUUUACCAGCGGUGAUUGUAGGUAUUACACUUGGUGGAUCACAACUGGACGGAUAUGGGGAUGAAAGAUACUGUUGGUUAAGGGAUUCUUCGUUAUAUGGAUUCAUAGUUCCAGUCUUGUGUAUCAUCUCGGUUAACCUAAUAAUCGUCAUCGUUGUUAUGAGAAUGAUGUACACAUCAGCUUUCAUGGCGAAGAAAUCACUGAGAGAAAAAACGAUAAGCGGCGUUAGAGGAAUGUGUGCAUUGCUUCCCAUUCUGGGUUUGACCUGGGUGUUUGGAAUUCUCUCAAUUAAUGAAGAUCUUAUAUUCUUCCAGUAUCUAUUUGCUAUAUUGAACUCCUUGCAGGGUCUUUUCAUAUUCCUUUUCCAUGUUGUUUUGAAUUACCAG